AUGCCUGCUGGUUCUCUCCUCUGGGGUGCGUUUUCGCCUUCGCGAUCAGUAAGCCCGGGUAGCGUUCAGGUGUCCCAGUCCCCGUGGCACCUGGGGAACGCUUCUCCCCAACAAAACCAGGGUUAUGGGGAACGCUACUCACUCGCGGUGGAACAAAUUAAUCGCUGGCGUGAUCUGUGGCUAGUUUCGUCAAUCUCCAAGUUUCUAGGCCUCUGUACGCAGAAUGUCGAUGCGCCGAGUACAUUCAUACCCUUAUGGACGCUUUAUUGUUUUCCUAGGAUAAAAAGCUAUUACGAACAAGGGAUUCCUAUGGAUAAUCCUCUGCUGUAUCGUCUUACCAAUUUUCUCGGUCAACUAAUUCUUCUAAUCCGCCAUCUUUGUGAGGCGAACAUGGACCUCUGUGUCUUCUGCCGAAACAACAACGAGACUUUUGAGAUGUACACCAGCCACAAGGUCAAGGAUAGGGCGGGCCGUGUUAUUUGUCCAGUACUGCGUCGAUUUGUUUGUCCGCUGUGUUCGGCCACGGGGGACUACGCACACACCAUACGCUAUUGCCCGUUCUCGAGUCACAACGCCGCCGCCUCUGUCGGCUUCGGAAUGCGUCCCCCUAAUAGCACGAUUACCACUGCCCAUCAUCGCAUCUUUGAAGCUCCACCCACUACCACCUCAUUUGAUGGCGGCGUCUCUCGCUGCGUGAACAUGGACGACAAUAGUGACGGUGGGAGAAGACUAAUUGAUCAGUUAAUGCUGGAAACUUGCCGCAGUUUAUCGCUGAACUAA